AUUUUGCUUAGGAUUCCUUUCUCUUCCGCCACUGCAAAACUCACGUCUCCGCCCUUUCUACGACGUCGUAUUAACGCGACCUAACCUUGAUGUCGAGCUCUCGAACCUGCAGCAACUGCGCCAAAACCUCCUUCGUCCGCGACGAUGUCUCUGGAGAAUUGUUCUGCUCCACGUGCGGUGCCAUUCAACAGUUCGACCAAUUCGAAGCCCAAAUCGGCGGCAUUAACGGUCCUCAGGGAACUUUCAUCCACAUCGGAACCGCAGGUUCAGGUAGCGUUUACACUUACAAACAGAGGAAACUAUAUUCCGCACAGAAUUCAAUCGACGAGUUAACAUCUAGGUUAGGGUUAGCGUCUAAGAGUGUCGAUAUUAGAAACAUGAUAUCUUCUAUCACCGAGGGUGAGUUUGGUCAAGGCGAGUGGUUUCACGUGCUGAUUGGCGCGUGUUCUUAUGUCGUCAUGCGAAAGGAUGAUCGCCCUUUGCCUAUGGCUGAAGUGGCUUCAGCUGUUGGUUGUGAUGUGUAUGAACUUGGUAGGAUGAUUCUGCGUGUUGUUGAUUUCUUGGGUUUGAAAAGACCUGAUUUUCCUGAGUUUGAUAUAGUGCAUGUAUUGGAACGGACACUUAAGAUUUCGCCGAGUUUCGCCGCGGUUGACAGGAAUACGGUGGAGACGAUGCGGAAGCAGGGGAUUUUUUUGAUACAGUGUGCGGUGAAGUGGUUCUUGAGCACCGGCCGGAGGCCGAUUCCGUUGGUGGUUGCGGUUUUGGUCUUUGUUGGGGAGUUGAAUCGGGUUGAAGUUCGGAUGGAUGAUUUGGCUAAGGAAGUUCAUGCUAUGGUUUCUACUUGUAGAACUAGGUAUAAGGAGCUCCUAGAGACACUUGUGAAAGUUGCACAGGUGUUGCCUUGGGGAAAGGAUAUCACUCCUAAAAACAUUGUUAAGAAUGCACCGUUUGUGAUUCAGUACAUGGAGAAGAAGUCUAUGUCAAAAUCUACUGAGAAGAGGAAGAAUGUUGAUCUGCCUGUGGUAGAUUUGGCUGAUGUGGUUGCUGAAUGCUUAAGACGUGAUGAUGAAUAUGAAUAUGGGAAUGAUGGCGUAAGCUCCCGAAAUGAUUCUCGGUAUUUUUCAUUUGAAAGCAAUGCUGAUAGACCAGGCAUCAAGAAUGUUGACAGACUGCAGAUUUCACACGAAUGUUUAUCCAUGUUGUAUGAGAAAUUUUUAAAUGAGAAUCGUCGCGCUAAGUCUUCAAGAAGGAGUGGAAAUGCUCAGAAAAGGAAGAGGUUGGUACUUGAUCUUCAGGAUUGUUGGGAAUGGUGGAAUGGAAAAUCAGAAUUGAGCAAAAAGCUUCUACUCAAACAUUUACUAGAGAAGGAUGUUGGAAUGGAUACCAUGCCGCCAUCAUUUGUGGCUGGUCAAUUGAAAUGUAAAAUGAGGCGGGAGAAGAUCAAUGCUGCUAAGGUGCGGAUAAAAAAAAUUAUGCAUCCGUUAAAUGCUGAUCUGGGUGAUACUGCGAAUCCUGGCCUUUCAGAUGGCAAUCAUCCUGAGAGAAGAAAGAAAAAGAGAAGAGGAAAGGUAGUUGAUGAUAUUGAUUGGGAAGACUUAAUUAUUGAGACCCUUAUUCUUCAUCAAGUAAAGGAGGAGGAAAUUGAGAAGGGACAUUAUAAUACCUUACUGGAUCUACAUGUGUUUAACUCUGGCAUUGUAUGAGAAAAGUUUCAGAUAUAUAAGCAUUAUAUGAGAAGCUUCAGAUAAGCUGGCAUUUUAAUCAUCACCAUCUCACUGAGGACCAUCAUAUGAAUGAGCAGAUUUUUUCUUGCUCGAAGUUUUGUACUAGAUUCUUGAAUAUAUCAUUUGUAAUGAAUUUAUCAUAUGAAUAUGAGCUACUG